CUGCGCAUGCGCACAGCAGAGGAGCUGAGGGGGCGGCUGAACGUGCACUUCCAGGGGGAGGAGGGCAUCGACGCGGGGGGCGUGACACGCGAGUGGUACCAGCAGCUGUCGCGAGUGGUGUUUGACAAGGGCGCUCUGCUCUUCACCACCGUCGGCAACGACACCUCCUUCCAGCCCAACCCUAAUUCUGUGCUGCAGCCGGGCCAUCUCUCCUACUUCAAGUUUGUUGGCCGAGUGGUGGCCAAGGCAUUGUACGAUGGGCAGUUAUUAGAUGUGCACUUCACGCGCUCCUUCUACAAGCACAUUCUGGGCGUGAAGGUCACAUUCCAUGACAUAGAGGCCAUCGACCCCGACUAUUACAAGAACCUGCAGUGGAUGCUCGAGAACGACAUCAGCGACAUCCUGGACCUCACUUUCAGCAUGGACGCAGACGAGGAGAAGCGCAUUCUGUACGAGCGCACUGAGGUGACGGACCACGAACUCAUUCCCGGAGGCCGCAACAUCCGAGUGACGGAGGAGAACAAGCACGAGUAUGUAGACGCCGUCGCAGACUACCGCAUGACAGCUGCCAUCCGCCCGCAGAUCGCGGCGUUCAUGGAGGGAUUCACAGAGCUCAUCCCGAAAGACCUCAUCGCUAUGUUCAACGACAAGGAGCUCGAGCUGCUCAUUUCUGGAUUGCCUGAGAUUGACAUUGACGACCUACGGAGCAACACGGACUACACGGGGUACACAGCAGGGUCCCCUCAGAUCCAGUGGUUCUGGGACGUGGUGGCUCACCUCUCCAAGGAGGACAGGGCUCGCCUGUUGCAAUUCGUCACUGGCACGUCCAAGGUUCCUUUGGAAGGCUUUAAGGCUUUGCAAGGGCUGUCGGGUCAGCAACGCUUCCAGAUCCACAAGGCAUAUGGCGACAACAAGAGGUUGCCCUCCGCUCACACAUGUUUCAACCAAUUGGACCUUCCGGAGUACAGCACUAAGGAGCAGUUACAAGAACGACUUCUGUUGGCCAUUCACGAAGCCAGUGAGGGCUUUGGCUUCGGCUAA